AUGCAAAGUGGGUCUAAACUAGUGAACCGGCUCAUAAGAAAGAUGUGGAAGGCUGCAACUGACGUGAAGCCGCCAGCAUUGGCAGAGGCUGAUGAUUGGGAGACAGAUCCUGACUUUGUUAAUGAUGUUACAGAGCAAGAACAGAGAUGGGGACCUGCUGGAAGAAAUGUUGAAGCUAUAGAUAUGGCCAAACUAAGAGAAGAGGUAUUGGAAGCAGACACACAGGCAAAGAAGAAACAGUACGAAGCUGGACCUAAGUCGUCAUUUGGAUAUGGCGGGAAAUUCGGGGUACAACAGGAUCGUAUGGACAAAUCGGCGGUAGGACACGAUUACGUCGGCAAAACUGAAAAACACGUUUCGCAGAAAGAUUAUGCGCAAGGUUUUGGUGGUAAAUAUGGCGUCCAAGCAGAUCGUAUGGACAAAUCGGCGGUAGGGCACGAUUACGUCGGCAAAACUGAAAAACACGUUUCGCAGAAAGAUUAUGCGCAAGGUUUUGGUGGUAAGUAUGGCGUCCAAGCAGAUCGUAUGGACAAAUCGGCGGUAGGACAUGAUUACGUCGCUAAAGUUGAGAAGCAUGUCUCGCAAACGGAUUAUGCUCAGGGCUUCGGAGGGAAGUACGGAGUGCAAACAGACCGAGUUGAUAAGAGUGCAGCAGGAUGGGAGCACAAGGAGCAAGUUGAGAAGCAUUCCUCACAGAAGGACUACUCCGUGGGCUUCGGCGGCAAGUUCGGUGUGCAGGCCGACAGGAAAGACGCCUCCGCUGUCGGCUGGGACCAUAGGGAAGAUGCUCAGCAUCAUCAGAGUCAAAAAGAUUACGCUCUGGGUUUCGGCGGCAAGUUUGGCGUACAAACAGACAGACAAGAUGCCUCAGCUCUUGGCUGGGACCAUCAGGAGAAGACUGCGGCACACGCCAGCCAAGUUGACCAUAAAAAGGGUUUCGGCGGCAAAUUUGGUGUCGAAACAGACAGAGUGGAUAAGUCGGCUCACAGGUUUGACGAGGUGGAGAAAGUUGGGACGAACUAUACAAAGCAGAAGCCCGACAUUGGAAGUGCCAAGCCUUCCAACAUACGGGCCAAGUUUGAGAAUAUGGCCAAGGAGAAGGAACAGGAAGCGUUAAACUCUGUCCAAAAAAUUAGACAACAGAGGGAGCAAAAUGAUAAGGAUUUGUCACAAAAGGAAAAAGAUCGCGUAGCCAAAGAAAAAUCUGAGGAGUCUCCACUAGAACCGUCACCAGAACCCGUGGCCCAUACGCCAGCACCUAUUAAACAGCCAGAAAUAUUCAGACAGGCAGAAGUUGCGAAACAGUCUGAGAUAGUCAGACAGCCAGAGGUUGUCAAACAACCAGAAGUGGUCAAGACACCACCAGUUCAGCCUGCGGAAGUAGAGAGUACUCCUGCCUCUCACGUGAUGUCAGAGGAAGUAAAACAACCUAAUUUGCCGGAUGUUACGUUAGUCGGUGAACCGAAGGAUGAUAAAGAAGAGAUGACUCGCCAACCCACAAUCGUAGUUUCCCCAGUAGGGUGGGAAAGCGAGAUGGCAGGAGAAGGAGAGGUGGAAGGAGAUGACGAAGACGGAUAUACAGCGCGGGCUUUGUACGACUACCAAGCGGCGGCGCCUGAUGAGAUUUCCUUCGACCCUGAUGAUAUAAUCACCAAUAUUGUCAUGAUUGACGAAGGUUGGUGGCAAGGUUUAUGUAAAGGGGCCUACGGUUUAUUCCCCGCGAACUACGUGCAACUGCAAGAUAAGUGA